CGAGCGUAAGACGGCAUCAAGGUCUUCUUCUUGCCCAACGACAUGAAUUCGCCAGAUCCGCAUAAUUCUUCUGCGGCGAAAAGUGUUCCUCGGUGGAAGAAAACAGCAUCAUGGAAAUGCCCAGAGCUGCACCGCAACCCUUAUCAAGGCCGUCUGGACGUCACUUUACCGAAACCUCAAGAUGGACUGCAUGCGUGCGAAGAGACGCUGCGGCUUCCGAAGCUUUCGUCUACGCUGUCAAGACCACAGGAAUAUACUGUCGACCGAAUUGUCCCUCAAGACUUGCCAGACGCGCAAAUGUUGAAUUCUACAACAAUGCAUCCGAUGCUGGAGAGGCCGGUUUCCGAGCAUGCAAGAGGUGCAAGCCAGAGAACAAAACCCAUGACCCGGAAGCAAGGGUUCGGAGAAAGGUUGACCAAGCCGUUGUUUCCUUGAAGAUGGCGGCAGAAAAGGGAAAAAGGGUCGGUUUGAACGAGUUGUCCAACACGAUUGGAAUCAGUAAGUGGCAUCUUCGAAGGGAGUUCUUGAGAAUCACUGGAUUGUCGCCGGACCAGAUGGCUAGCAUACUCUUUGACCCGGUGUCUGCGCAGAGAGAUACGUGGUUGCGCCAGUUGGAUGAGACUCUUGGGCUUCCCGAUCGAGUCGCGGACCAUGUUUGCAAUCCAAAUGCGGAGAAUACAAGAUAUGGAUCAUCAGGAACAUCCAGUGAGAUUCCGUCUCUCAUCUCAGAUCACGAAGCUGUGGCUUUUGACGACCCGCUAUGGCUAGUGAAAAGCGAGUACUGGUCUACGAGCUCCGAAGAAGCAACCUCUCAUCUCCUACAUGAUCUUUUCCCGGAACUCUUUGCAUCGUCGCGUCACUAGAUCCCUCAAGUCUCUGGAGAUGUCCUUGUAUUUCUUCCAAGAUCUUCCAUACAAGACUCAGACUUCAGUUCAAGCCGAGCAGUGGCCCAUCAGGAACAUAAUUCAUGUCUCUUCGAUGUCGACUUUCCUGCUUGCGUGCUGGAAUUUGACACUUCCAGCCUUCCCCCACGACCACAGCUGUAGUU